AUGGAGGAACCUACCAGCGAUGCUCCAAUGCAAAUCGAACAUCCACCGCCUCCUCGAAAAGAGACUCUAGGCAUAGCACCUGCAUUACCACAACAUCUUAGGCACAAACCACCGAGUUUGAGAACCUCGAGUAGUGGAAAUGAACCAGACGUGAUGUUUGUACAGGUCUCUAUCGACGAAGAUGAAGAUCAGAUAACACCUAUCGAGCCACAACCAAAUUCGCCGGCCUCCCCGGUUAGGUCUCGCAUACAACCGCAAGGAUCUGUUACCUCGUUGACCACUAUGGACGAAACUGCCUCUAUAUACACGACAAAUGGCAGUGAAGACAAUGAAGACUCGUCAUUCUUAUUAGCUAGGUUGGAGAAAGAUCGGGCGAGAACUCAGCCUGCAACUGGUGAAUUGUCACCACAGCACGCAAGACCAACUUCAAGUUUGCAGGCACUGUCUAACUCGCUGUUUUCGAGCUUUCAAGCUGUUAGAGAUACUGUUGUUGGUGAUGGAAAGGAGUCUCUUGAUUGGGAUUUUUGGGGAAAACUAAUGUCCAAUUUUGAAGCAGUAGCACGUAAACAUCCACGAGUCCUAACUCGAAAACUUCAUGCCGGUAUACCGCCUGCCAUACGAGGCAUGGUGUGGCAACUCAUGUGUAAAGGCAAAUCACAGGAACUCGAAACUACAUAUUCAAACCUAUUAUCGAGAACAUCACCAUUCGAAAAGCAGAUACAGAGAGACUUGCCAAGAACGUUUCCUGAGCAAGAAUACUUUCGAAAUGGAGGAACGGGACAAGAGAGUCUGUUUCACGUAAUUAAGGCUUAUAGUUUGUUUGAUCCAGAGGUCGGAUAUUGUCAAGGGAUGUCUUUUAUCAUAGGGCCUUUACUGCUGAAUAUGCCAGAAGAGGAGGCUUUCUGUGUCUUGGUCAGAUUAAUGAAGAAUUACGAGUUUCGUGGACUCUAUACACCCAAGAUGGAAGGAUUAUCACUACGGCUCUUCCAGUUUGAAAAGUUACUUGAAGAGCAGUUACCUGCUGUGAACAGGCAUUUAUAUGUGGAAGGGAUCAAAUCCACCAUGUAUGCUUCUCAAUGGUUCAUGACAUGUUUCGCCUACCGAUUCCCUCUAGAAAUAGUAUUUCGAAUCCUCGACAUCAUAUUUGCCGAAGGUCAAGAAGCCAUGUUCCGAUUCGCCAUAGCCUUACUAAAACGAAACCAAGACACACUACUCGCCAUGCAGUUUGAUCAUUUACUAGAAUAUUUGAAAGAGGACUUGUUUGAUGCUUAUGCUGAUAAUGUGGACAAGCUGAUUGCCGAUGCUACUGCUGUAAAAAUAACAAAAGCUAGACUAGAUAAGCUGGCCAAGGAUCACGAAGAAGAUGUCUGGAGGAAUAGUCCAGAGAGUAUGGAGAGAGAGGCACUGAGAAUGGAGAAUAGGAGGCUGGUUGCUGAAGCUAGGAAGCAAGAGUCUAUGCUAGAACAGUUGAAUCGGGAGCAUGUGCGAUUGGCAACUCAAUUGGUCGAGGCUCAAGUAGCAGCUGUAUCAGACAAGGAAGUUAUCGAAGAGCUACAAGAGAAACUGGCUGGUCUACGAGCCUUUGUCUCUGAUGAUCGUAAUUCCGCUGAAGAGAAGGUCCGAGAGGAGAUGGAAUCAGUCAUGCGGAAGAAUUCAGCGUUAAUCCAGGACGUUGCCCGCAUUCUCGACCAGAAACAUGCUCUUGAAGAUCAGUUGGCCGAUAUGAAGCACAGAUUUGCUCAGUCCGAAAACGAAAAGGAGGUACUGCAGAAAAGAUGGGAAGAUUUGAAAAAGUCGCUUACCGCAAGCUGA